CCGCCCCUCCCGCCGUGUCAGCCGCAGCCGCAGGAGGCGGCGGAGCCCCCGCCUCCCCCCGCCCGCUCCUGCCGCCGUCCCCGGCUCCGGUUCGCCCCGCCCGAGCGCCGUCCCCAGCAGCGGGCGAAGUGGAGCCGGCGAGGCCGGGAAGACGCCGCCGCCUCCUCCUUCUCCUUCUCUCCUCCUCCUCUCCCGCCCCCCGCCCCGUCCGGGUCCGUCAACAUGGCGAGCGCCUCGUACCACAUCUCCAACCUGCUGGAGAAAAUGACAUCCAGCGACAAGGACUUCAGGUUUAUGGCUACUAAUGACUUGAUGACAGAACUACAGAAAGAUUCUAUCAAGCUGGAUGAUGAUAGUGAAAGAAAGGUGGUGAAGAUGAUUUUGAAAUUACUGGAAGAUAAAAAUGGUGAGGUGCAAAACUUAGCUGUCAAAUGCCUUGGCCCUUUGGUGAGUAAAGUGAAGGAGUAUCAAGUGGAGACUAUUGUAGAUACCCUCUGUACAAACAUGCUUUCAGAUAAAGAACAGUUACGUGACAUUUCAAGCAUUGGCCUUAAAACUGUGAUUGGAGAACUCCCCCCAGCUUCCAGUGGUUCUGCAUUAGCAGCUAAUGUUUGCAAAAAGAUCACAGGGCGUCUCACAAGUGCUAUAGCCAAGCAGGAAGAUGUGUCUGUUCAACUGGAAGCACUGGAUAUCAUGGCUGAUAUGCUGAGCAGGCAAGGAGGACUGCUUGUUAACUUCCAUCCUUCAAUUCUGACCUGUCUGCUCCCCCAGCUGACUAGCCCCAGACUUGCUGUGAGGAAAAGAACCAUCAUUGCUCUUGGUCACCUGGUUAUGAGUUGUGGCAAUAUGGUUUUUGUUGACCUCAUUGAACAUCUGUUGACAGAGCUGUCUAAAAAUGAUUCCAUGUCAACAACUAGGACCUAUAUACAGUGUAUUGCUGCCAUCAGUAGGCAAGCAGGUCAUAGAAUAGGUGAAUAUCUUGAGAAAAUAAUUCCUUUGGUUGUAAAGUUUUGUAAUGUAGAUGAUGAUGAACUGCGAGAGUAUUGCAUUCAAGCCUUUGAAUCCUUUGUUAGGAGAUGUCCUAAAGAAGUUUAUCCUCAUGUAUCUACCAUUAUAAACAUUUGUCUUAAAUAUCUUACCUAUGAUCCUAAUUACAAUUAUGAUGACGAAGAUGAAGAUGAAAAUGCUAUGGAUGCUGAUGGUGGCGAUGAUGAUGAUCAAGGGAGCGAUGAUGAAUAUAGUGAUGAUGAUGACAUGAGCUGGAAAGUGAGGCGUGCAGCUGCUAAAUGUUUGGAUGCUGUGGUUAGCACACGACAUGAAAUGCUUCCAGAAUUCUACAAAACUGUAUCUCCUGCUUUAAUAGCCAGAUUCAAAGAACGUGAAGAGAAUGUUAAAGCAGAUGUCUUUCACGCAUAUCUUUCUCUUUUAAAACAAACUCGACCUGUGCAAAGUUGGCUUUGUGAUCCUGAUGCAAUGGAACAAGGAGAGACACCUUUGACAAUGCUUCAGAGUCAGGUCCCCAACAUUGUUAAAGCCUUGCACAAACAGAUGAAGGAGAAAAGUGUGAAGACUCGUCAGUGUUGCUUUAACAUGCUGACUGAGCUAGUAAAUGUAUUACCUGGAGCCCUAACACAACAUGUUCCUGUACUCGUACCAGGAAUAAUUUUUUCACUGAAUGACAAAUCAAGCUCUUCUAACCUGAAGAUAGAUGCUUUGUCCUGUUUGUAUGUGAUCCUCUGCAAUCAUGCUCCCCAAGUCUUUCAUCCUCAUGUUCAAGCAUUGGUACCUCCAGUUGUAGCUUGCGUUGGAGACCCAUUUUACAAGAUAACAUCAGAGGCGCUUUUGGUUACCCAACAACUUGUGAAAGUCAUUCGUCCUUUAGACCAGCCUUCUUCUUUUGAUGCUACUCCUUACAUCAAAGAUUUGUUUACUUGUACAAUCAAGAGAUUAAAGGCUGCUGACAUUGAUCAGGAGGUGAAAGAAAGGGCAAUAUCUUGCAUGGGUCAAAUAAUUUGUAGCCUUGGUGACAGCCUAGGAGCUGACCUGCCUAGUACACUUCAGAUCUUCCUCGAGAGACUGAAGAAUGAGAUCACUCGGUUAACUACAGUGAAGGCCAUGACAUUGAUUGCUGGUUCUCCUCUGAAGAUAGAUUUGAGACCAAUCCUUGGGGAAGGAGUUCCUAUUCUUGCUUCUUUUUUAAGAAAGAACCAGCGAGCUUUGAAACUGGGCACUCUCUCUGCUCUAGAUAUUUUAAUUAAGAAUUACAGCGACAGCUUGACAGCUGCCAUGAUUGAUGCUGUCCUGGAUGAGCUUCCACCUCUGAUUAGUGAAAGUGAUAUGCAUGUAUCACAGAUGGCCAUCAGUUUCCUGACAACACUGGCUAAAGUAUAUCCUUCCUCCCUGUCAAAGAUUAGUGGGUCCAUUCUCAAUGAACUUAUUGGGCUGGUGAGAUCGCCUCUACUUCAGGGUGGAGCACUGAGUGCCAUGCUAGAAUUUUUCCAAGCUUUGGUUGUGACGGGUACAAAUAAUUUAGGCUAUAUGGAUUUACUGCGCAUGUUGACGGGUCCAGUGUACUCACAGAGCACAGCACUUACUCACAAGCAGUCUUACUAUUCCAUUGCCAAAUGCGUUGCUGCCCUUACUCGAGCCUGCCCUAAGGAAGGACCAGCUGUUGUAGGUCAGUUCAUUCAAGAUGUCAAGAACUCAAGGUCCACAGAUUCCAUUCGGCUUUUGGCUUUGCUUUCUCUUGGGGAGGUUGGGCACCACAUUGACUUAAGCGGACAAAUUGAGCUGAAGUCUGUAAUAUUAGAAGCGUUCUCUUCUCCUAGUGAAGAAGUCAAAUCGGCAGCAUCUUAUGCAUUAGGCAGUAUUAGUGUUGGCAAUCUUCCUGAGUAUCUGCCAUUUGUCUUACAAGAAAUAACCAGUCAACCUAAGAGGCAAUACCUUCUUCUUCAUUCCUUGAAAGAAAUAAUUAGCUCUGCAUCAGUCAUUGGUCUCAAACCAUAUGUUGAGAACAUCUGGGCCUUACUCCUGAAGCACUGUGAAUGUGCAGAAGAGGGUACCAGGAAUGUUGUUGCUGAAUGUUUGGGCAAGCUUACUUUAAUAGACCCAGAGACUCUGCUUCCACGACUCAAGGGAUACUUGGCAUCAGGGUCCUCAUAUGCUCGAAGUUCGGUGGUUACUGCUGUCAAGUUCACUAUUUCUGAUCAUCCACAACCCAUAGACCCACUCUUGAAGAACUGCAUAGGUGAUUUUCUGAAAACAUUGGAGGACCCAGAUCUCAAUGUCAGGAGAGUAGCCCUAGUGACGUUUAACUCAGCUGCACACAAUAAACCGUCAUUAAUAAGGGACCUCUUAGAUACUGUGCUUCCUCAUCUUUACAAUGAAACAAAAGUCAGAAAGGAAUUAAUCAGAGAGGUGGAAAUGGGACCAUUUAAGCAUACAGUUGAUGACGGGUUGGACAUAAGGAAAGCAGCUUUUGAGUGCAUGUAUACUCUUCUGGAUAGCUGUUUGGAUAGACUAGAUAUAUUUGAAUUCUUAAACCAUGUUGAAGAUGGCCUGAAGGAUCACUAUGAUAUUAAGAUGCUAACCUUUUUAAUGUUGGUGAGAUUGUCUACCCUUUGUCCAAGCGCAGUGCUGCAGAGAUUGGAUAGGCUUGUUGAACCGUUGCGCGCUACAUGUACAACUAAGGUAAAGGCAAACUCAGUGAAACAGGAGUUUGAAAAGCAAGAUGAACUGAAACGAUCUGCUAUGAGGGCAGUAGCAGCGCUUCUAACCAUUCCAGAAGCAGAGAAGAGUCCAUUAAUGAGUGAAUUUCAGUCACAGAUAAGCUCUAACCCUGAGCUGGCAGCCAUCUUUGAAAGUAUCCAAAAAGAUUCAUCAUCCACUAACUUGGAAUCAAUGGACACUAGUUAGAUGUUUGUCCAAAAUGGGGACCAUUAUGUUGAACCGUACAAUGCACUGAAUUGACAGAUUAUGAGUAAGAAACAGAAAAAGUAUCUAAUCUACACGUUGUUCCACUUUAUUUACCGUUAUGGAGACAGUUGGCUUUUCCCAUUGUUGCUUUUCUAGCAUUUAUUCCAGAAAUGUAUUUCCAUAAUCCAGAGUUUGUUAACCACUCUUGUUUUAGUGGAUUUGGCCACAUUUGGGAAUUAAAAAGUUGACACACGUUGUAUGAAAAUAGGUUCCAACAUCCAUUUGCCCUGUAAUGUUUAGGAUUAAAAUGUCAAAAUUUUGUGACCAUGAUUUUUUUUUUCUUUUAUUCACUCUUUCUACUUGUAAACAAAAAGGGGGGGAGGUGGGAAUCAAGCGUCCAGGUGCACCAUUUUUUUGUAUAACUUCUUAUUCUUUUUUUGUUUCAGCUUCAUAAAUUGGUUUGGCUGGCAGAUGAAUUCUGUGUAAGAUUUAUUAUAUUAAAGAGAGGGUUUGGGCACAGUUCAAAAAAUCCAGACAUAAAUGUCAUUUUUAAGGUGUGGGGAUUAGAAAACAAAUAUCCCUCAUGUGCACACUAAUUUUGCAUGAGCAAGUUUACAAAUAUAUAUUGUCUGUAAAACAGCAUGUACAGUUUAUUCGUAAUGCAAGUUAAAAUAAGUUCUACGGUAUCAGUGCAGUUUUCAGGUGUUUUGACAUACAGACCAUUCAUACAGGAAGGGACAAAUGGUUGUCUUAACCUGGCUUUUUUAAAUGCCAGUAGUAUGACCCUGCAGAUGUUCUAUAGUAAAUAUGACAAUUCCUGCAGUUUUUGAUGGGUUUUCAUUCCCAAAGGCUGGAUCCCCUGGAAUUGAGGUGGACAAACCAGAAGAUCCGAGUGAAAUAGGAUGAGAUGGAGGUAAAAUGAGCAGAGAACAAUAAUAGCUGCUCAGUGGGUCCUGAACUCUGGAUUCAACUUUGCUUUUGUUACAAAAAUUCAAAAGGAAGUUUCUUCAGUGGCUUCUACCUCCUAUUCUUUAUCCAACAGCUUUUGUUAAGGCACUAAUACAUGGUGCUACCUAGACAAGUAUUGCCAGACCAUCAUUUUGUGCCUGUGGGAAUGGUUUCUGGCACAUGGAACCACCAGUAGAUUGCAGUGCUGCAAGUGUCAUACAGCAUUCUGGUGAGACAGGAAACGGAAUGGUCUUAAGACUGGAGAGAUAGAGGGCAAACAGACACAAGAAAAAAAAAAUCUGCUGUAAAUACGUUGAGGUAAUCUAAAAGUGGACGAGAAGUUGAUAGCUGGCAGUCCUGCAAUGAACUGGAUUUGGGAAUUUAAUAGCAAAAGAUGAGGCACCAGUGCCUCAAAUUGAGACUUGUCAUUACUUGGUUAAUGCAGUUGCUUAGUUGUCUUUUUUUAGUCAGAUCUGAAUUCGAUUUUUCUCUAGUUAACUGGUAUUUUUUAGCUAGUUUGGUAUUUUGGAAACCUGUUACAUGGAUAGGUGGCAUAAGCUGCUACGUGACUAAACAAACGUGACCUCAGAGACAGUUUCCUGUGAACAUUGGGGUUCGAGGGGCAAAUACUUCACCUUACACGCUUGCAGCUUGGGAAAAGCAGGGGAGAUACUGGUGCAUUUUACAGUAAUAAAAGGACCUGAACGAAGAGAUCUAUGAGCUCAUUCAGUAGUAACAAUUUUAAUGCUGUAGAAAUUUUUGAAAUUGUAGCUUUCUCUGUCUUCAAAGUCUUCAUACUAAUGUAACAAUUGUCUUCUAGAAGUAGAAAUAAAUGAGAUUAAAUGUACCAACCUAUCUAAAUGUCAUGAAAAAGAAUGACUCUAGAGAGAAACCAUAUGGUAGAAGAAGCACUGUGAAUUAGGUGCAUUUUAUCUUGCCAUAUAAUUCAUCUACUUCAAUUACAGUAAUAUAUACAGGCCUCCUAAUUAAGAAUCUGUUGUGCUAAUUAGUUGUCAAACUAAUCUUGGAACUUCUGUGUUUUCAGAAUGCAUUAAAAUGUUUUAUAGACCUAAAGCUAGGUGUGAGAAUGGCAUGAUAAACAUGAAAUGUGAGGCUAAAAUAUGUAAAUAGAGUAGGUGACAACGGUAAGUAAACAGAAAACUUUUAUUCCCAAUUGAGAGAUUUGUGUGUAUCGUAACGCCUAAUGUGGUGGGUGCAAAUAAUCUUCACUUUGUUUUGCAGUACCUUACAGUGGACCAAGCUUAAGAACAGAUGAGAAGGUAGAGCUGUAUUACAUAGUGAACAUUUUCUUGCAAGAGAGUAAUUUUCACUUUGACCACUGAUAAAUCUGAUGGGAACAGAAGAAUUAAAUCUUCCCUGUAAAUUACGGAAAUUCUAAGAGUACGGUUAUCUCCAAGUAGCAGUUGGUUAUUUCAGUGACGUAGGAAGACGGGCUCAUAAAGGUUGUAACUGCACCAUAAUUACUGAAAUUUAUUUAUUAGUUUUAUUAAAUCUAACCAUUUUAGGUAUUCAAAUGCCGCUGCUUUUCACUGGAUCACUCAGUUGAAAGUUGUAAGUUUUUCCCCAGUGUAUAUCCAGGUAUUGGGGUAAAGUGGGUGUAUUUCUGCUUUUAGCGUAAGUUGGUUCAGGUAAUUCUGUUAAGGAUGGUGUCAGGAAUGCCUGUAGCCGUUCUUAAAUGCUUAAUAUUUGAAACUAAAAUAUGAAAUUACUCUCACUAAAAUCAAACCAGAAUUCUGAAAGCCUGCUCUUAAAGGUUUUUGGUACAAUUAGAACUUUCUCUAGUGUUUUUCAUCAUUUUGCACACAGGCAAUUGAGACCAAUUAAUAAGCUUGCACAUAAUACAGGAAUGGUUGGCCAUUACUUGCAUUGUAGAUUCUUGCCUUUAAAUAUUUUUGUAUCUCAAAAGUACUUAAUGCUCAGAUUUUCCAUGAAAAGUCUUCCCAUCCUUGCAAGGGACGCCUUUUCUAAAAUUAUAAAUUGAAAGCUACAAGUACCUUAAGAA